AAUAAUAAAUAUCCUAUGUGUAGUGCUUAAUUGUAAAUGUUUAAAUGGUAAUUUAACACAAUUGAUAGUUUUUGAGAAUAAAUUCGUUUAAAAACCCCUCGAAAAUAGUGUUUUAUUAAUUUUUCUGUUUUUCAAAUGUACAAGACUCGUAAACAUUUUAAAGUAACAUCAUCCGAGACUAAUGGGAUUUAUUGGAGAAGAGUGGAAUUGACGGAUUUACCGAAAUUAAAAAAAAUGACGAACAAAGAGUCGAACGAAUUGUUUGGCGUGUUUGACAUUGCUAGAGUAAUCACCGAUAACCCGUUGUCGCUGUGUCAGGUCAAUCCUAAUGGAAAAAUUACUGUUUUUAUAUCAUUAUCCGAUCGCCCCAACGUCAGUUGUAUCGCUUCUGAUAACUGGACAGAAUGGUUUAAUUCUUUUUACGAUCUGAAAAACGUCGAGCUAAACAACACACUGUUCAUUAAUGUACUCCUGUUCCGGUGUGUCGACAGUUUAAUUCACUUACCGGUGUUGCUCGAAACGGUUUACGUCCAGAUUCCAGAAACUAAAAACAUUAUUUUCGUCAAACCACCAGGAACGAAAAUUUGCACAGAAAUAUCUUUACCGUUUUCCACUUUAUCUGCCAAAAGCGUCUCCAUCGAUCCAGAAUUUGGAUGCCCUGAGAUUUUGUACCACAUUAGAGAGUUCAGCAUCAAUAAAAUUAAUUUACGGAUCGCCGAAGUAGACGAUUUCAUUGACCUGAGGGCCUAUUUGGGACACCGAUUAGAUUUUUUGGAUAAUUUCUACGGUGAAUAUAGCUUAGCGAAAAUACUCGAGUUUCCGGGAGAAGAUCGCAUUAAUUUAGUUCCCAAUGUCAAAGUUAAUGGGUUGAUUACUGUAUACACGAAUUUGGACUAUCCUUUUCUGGACAGUGUAUUUGAUUUGUACCAAUACACAGGAUUGAUUGAGUUGAAAGACGAAAAAAACAAGACAACUGAACCCAAAAGCAUUUUGCGAUUAGCUACAGACAUUUCUAGAAUGAUGGAAAAGGCGAACAUUUCAAAUAUUAUGUCCGAAAUUGCUACAAAUGUCCAAUAUGAGUUCAUAUCGAAUCAAUUUAAACAACUUACCGAUAAAACAAUGAAACCGAUGAAACAAUUUUUCCAAAGUAAUAUUCUUCAAAAAGAUAGUGAUACAUUUUCUGUAAAACCGGAAUCACUUCUUCAACUCUCCACCACUACUCUCAACACUUCCGAAAGUGAAAAAAAAAUGCCAUUUUUCAAAGAAAUACACAAUACAGAAAAUAAAAAUAUAAUUAAAGAUUUUCUAAAGUUUCAAGAUAAAGAGUCUAAAAAAGCGAAUGACAUGUCCUAUUACGUCAGCAGUUCAUAUGAUUCAUCAGAGAACAUAACUUUUACAAAAAUAGAUUACAAAAGAACUGCUUUCAUGAUAGAAUUAAUGUUGAUCGACGUCGAUGAAGAAAAUAAAGCCACGUGGGAUUAUUUGAUUUCAAUUUUUAUUUAUUUCAUCGAAUUUCCUCAGUAUGAAUAUUGUUUAAUGAACUUACACACAAUUGCGACUCCACCCGAACUUAAAAAGUUUUUUUGUAAUGCCACUUUGAAGCCCAACCGUACUUAUCCCAUGGGCUUACUUUACAUACUGCAUCGAUCUUUCUUAACUGGAAAAUUUUCGUGUGUACUAGUUACAAAAGAACAUUUGGAACUUAUGGAACUUAUGAUUGAAAACCACCCUCUGAAGCAUGUAAUUUCAAAUAAUAUAUCAAAAUCGGUUUUUGAAGAUACGAGAUAUAAAACUUAUAUUUUUCAAUGUAACGAUCAACCAAUUGGAUAUUGUGUAAUUCGAUUAAAUGAUGAAAUUAAAUUUUUGAAUAGUUACUUUGACGUGGCUUGUUAUGCGUACCCAAAACUAGCUCGUAAUCAUAUGGCUGUUUUACUGAAUAUGGAUAUGCAAAGGACAUUUAUUAAGAAAUCCCGUGGUUUACUUAAGUUUGUAAUGGAAGACAGUGAUAUUAAUUGUUUGUUUUAUAAACUUUAUACAGAUAUAACGAUAAUGGAAGAAUGUGAAUUGUCUUACAUUAAUGAAAUAAAAGAAUUAAUUCCUGUUAAACCUCGAGUUCGUAUUCAAUACGAUAAUGAAAAUGUGUCUGGUGACCAUCAAAAGUUUGCGCUAUUUCAUAUAAAUACACGAUUGUGCAGUACUCAAACAAUGUCAAUAGACGCUAAGAUUGUUGUGGUUGGAGCAUCUGUAGUAGCUUUAUCUUUUUUAGAAAGUCUCUUGUUCAACCCAGUUAGUUAUUACAUUAGAUUUGGCAAUAUAGUACUCAUUUCUGAUUGUGGUGCACCAUAUCAACUUGCUUUAAGUGACUUGGAGGAUAGAAUGAUUCCAAAAAUAUCACACUUUAAUUACGAGUAUAUGAUUUCUAUGGGUUUUAAAUCAUUUGUAGAUGUCAUUACUGGCACAGUAACAGCAAUUAACAAAGCCGAUAAAUGUGUAACUGUUAAUGAAGAUGAACAAGUCUAUUACGAUUAUUUAUUUUUAUUCUAUGGGGAACAAUUUGGGUACACUGCUGAAGAAAAUGAAACUAAACCUCAAAAUUCUAUCGAAUCGAGUGAUAAAAACAACAAACUGGAAAAUUUAUUUUUAUUAAACUCUGAACACGAUGUCACCAAUGCUUUCAAAUAUAUUGAAUCAAUAAAAAAUAAUGAAAAAGAUAUUGUCGUACUUGGAAAAUAUUUGGGAUCACUAACGGUGAUUAAUGUUCUUCUUGAGAGUAAUAUAGAUGGAUCUCGAAUAGUUUAUGUAGAAACUCAUGAGAAAAAAAACAUUCCAUUCAUAGCUAAUCAGUUUAUUGGAAAUGCUGUUUACAAUGAAUUACAUAAACAAGGAGUACGUGUGUAUAAAAAAUGCGUAUUUGAAAAAUUCACAUUAAAUGGAGAUCGAACGCGUAUACGGAAAGUGACGUUUACAACAGCUGCUGGUGACGCACUACUUACAAUUGAUUGUGCUGCAGUGUUUUGGUUCGACCAGAAGUAUAUUAGUAAAGUGAAUUGGUUUACAAUGUUACAGUCCGCGUUGAAGUUUGACGGACAUUUAGUGGUAAAUACAUCGUUCGAGACUAACAUCGAAUUUGUGUAUGCUGCAGGACCUAUGGCGAGGUUCAUGCAUAAUGAAUAUUUUGUCGUAUCACACCAUUUGUAUUAUAACAGGUUAGAAAUUGGAGCUCGAGUGGCCAACGUGCUGAUGAAACGAUUGGGCAUUAUUGAAGACGACAAAUCAAACGACGCGUAUGCUCGUCCAAUUUUUGAGUAUUGUCAAUUCCCUGGAAAAUAUAAUUAUUUCCACACCGUAAUUCCCGUUCUGAAAUCUCUUAAGACUCAUGCAAGUAAACUCAGUACUGGUAAUGCUACUGAUGGAUAUUUCGAAAUUCUCGUAGAUAAUAAUGGUUACGUACUAGCAUUAUCGUGUUAUUCAAAUAAAGAUAUUAAGUAUUUAAAUUUAAUAAAUCUAUGUGGAAAACAUGUGAAUUUGUUCAACGAUAUGAUGUACCGUUUCAAAAUGAAUUCUAUUCCAUGUUUCUUUGAUUAUUUCAACCAAUUUUGGUCAUAUCCUUUAUACUCGAACAAGUUUUGGAAACUGUUGGACGAGACAAAACUAAAACGAGACAAUAAAUUAAUCAAAAAGUUCUUAUGCUGUGAUGAUGUUGCUACGUCGAUGUCUGGGCUUAAACUCAAUACGAUUUCAAAGUUGUCGAGGUGCCCUUAUCUCGAUAGUCGUUUCGAUCAGUUGUAUGGAGAAAAGUUAAACACAGUUUUGAUGAACUUCGUUGCUAAUAAUGUGGACGAUUUUCCAAUGUUUUUUCACACCAUUGACCAAAGGAAAACGGAAGAUGAAUACAACACGGUUUAAGAUUAAAACACUAGAUAUAUUUAUAUUUUAAUACUUUGGUGUUGUUUUGAGUAGUCGGUUCUUAACAGAUAACUAUAAAUUAUAAUAAAUAAAUUAGAACCAA